GAAGCCUGAAAGGUUGUUCGAUAACUUCACGUCACGUUACUGUCUGGAGAUCUUGUUUUCGGCAAAUACUCUUUUGUCAGGCGGUGUUUCAAUUUCUUGAAAAGUAUGGCCCUAGAAGCGUUGCAUGGCAUUAAAAGAUGUCAGUACCUUGGAUAUGGAAGACCUAAUGACGAAGUCCCAGUGCCAGAGAUUGAAAAUCUAAUAAAUCAGCAUCAGUUGCUCCUACCACCUCUGCCUAAGUCUGAGUCACAGAUUGGAGAGUUUCUUGUUGAUGAAACUGGCAGAAAGAUCAAACUCAACUUUGCUCAUGGAACAACAACCUUGGGAUUCAAGUUUGAUGGUGGUGUAAUAUUGGCUGCUGAUUCCAGGGCUACAUCAGGACAAUACAUUGGUUCUCAGCAAGUUAAGAAGAUUAUUGAGAUCAACCCUUAUUUGCUGGGUACAAUGGCAGGAGGAGCAGCUGACUGCACUUACUGGGAGCGUGUCUUAGCAAAGCAGUGUCGUUUAUAUGAACUCAGGAAUCGAGAGAGAAUUUCAGUAGCUGCUGCCUCCAAAUUACUGGCUAAUAUGGUGUACCAGUAUAAAGGCUAUGGUCUUUCUAUGGGUGUUAUGAUUGCUGGAUGGGAUAAGAGGGGACCUGGACUUUAUUAUGUAGACAACGAUGGCAACCGCCUUGCUGGCAAUGUCUUCAGUGUUGGGUCUGGUUCCAUCACUGCAUAUGGUAUCUUGGACACUGGAUACCGUACAAAUUUGACCGACGUUGAGGCUCAGGAUUUGGCUAGACGUGCAAUUUAUGGUGCUACUUUUCGUGAUGCAUACUCUGGUGGUAUUGUUAGAGUUUAUCAGAUUAAAGAAGAUGGCUGGGUCAAGAUUACUGAAGAUGACUGCAAGGAUCUACAUUACAAGUAUGCCGAAGAAAAACAGAGAGCAUAAGUUGCUUAGCUAAAUGAAAGUUACAUUAUAUUUUUUUUUUGUAUUUGCUACACAUCAAGGAUAAUCCCACUUGAAGUUUGUAAACUGUGUUGAAAUACUUGUAUUACUCUAUUAAAAUAUCAAAGUUA